CAACAACAACAGCAGCAGCAACUAUUCAAUUACUAUUACCCACUUUCCCAAAUGUUUAUUUCUCCUUCACAUUUCUGAUCCACACUUGCUACAUCGGCGCACAGUAGCAGCAGCAGCAGCAGCAGGAUCAACCAUUUCCCUUCCUAUUGUCAUGUGUUAUUAACCGUAUAUCUGUGCGCUUCUCUUCUCUUUUUUCAGUUUUGUGAUGAUGGUCAUUCUAUAGCAGAAGUAACCACUAUAACAAACUCAUUUUUUUUUCAGGGGACUCCAAGGAGUGAUUUGGGAUAAUGAUAAUACCCGAGAUGUUGUUGUGCAACACCACCAUCAUCUCUACUCAUCUUCCCUCCAUGCACUCCUUGAAUUCCGAGUUCUCUACACUUGUCAACCCGACCCAUCUACUUCUCCAAAUCUGAUAGUCUUUUAUAUCAUUCAAUGCACAUGCACUAUUACUACCACUACUACUACUACUACCACUACUACAACCACCAUCAUCACAAUUUGCAUUCAUGCAACAAUGCUAUUCAUAUUCUUUCUUUUGCUGGAGCAAUCACUUUUGUAUUUUACUCCCACUUCUCUUCUUCCCCUUUACCUUUGACACACAUCCCUUUUUUUUCUUGGUUGAGUUACUUCUUUUUCUUCUUUCGUUUUCCUUUUUUCCUAUAUUUGAUACACAUCGAAGAUGCUUAUCACGGAUUACAGUUUAUCCAAUAAAAACUUUGAUAUCUUGAUCCUC